AUGGCGGUGCCGUAUUAUCCCAUCCGUGUGGCUGCAACAACACUCUUCCUGCUCGCCAUCAUCACCACCGUGCAGUCCAUCGGUGUCAACUACGGCACCCUUGGGAACAACCUCCCCCCACCAGCACAGGUGGCACAGUUCCUCAAGGAAAAGACAAUCGUCGACGGGGUCAAGAUCUUCGACGUCAACCCCGAUAUCCUCCGUGCCUUUGCCAACACUGGCAUUCAUGUCACGAUCACUGUCCCGAACGACCAGAUUCCAAACCUUACUGUUGUCCGCAAUGCCCGUCGUUGGGUCGCUGCCAAUAUCAAGCCCUUUUACCCUCAGACAAAGAUACACUAUGUUUUGGUGGGAAACGAGAUCCUCCACUGGGGCCCACAGAACCUCAGAGAUAACCUUGUGGCCGCUAUGAGAACACUCUAUAAGGCUCUCAGGAUGGAGGGCAUCAAGGAUAUUAAAGUCUCCACCGCACAUUCUCUAGCAAUCCUUGAACCAGCUGAGAUUCCGAGCAUGACCAGAUUCCGUCCAGGAUGGGAUAAGGGAAUACUCGCCCCAAUGUUGCAGUUCCAUCGCGCCACUAAAUCCCCAUUCAUGGUGAACCCCUACCCUUACUUCGGUUACAACAAGGAGAAGGCCAAUUUGUCUCUUUUCCAACCCAACAGAGGAAUAUUUGACGUCGGAACAAAAAUCUUGUACAAUAACAUGUACGACAUGCAGUUGGACUCAGUAUACAUCUCGAUGAAGAAACUGGGAUACGGAGAUGUGAAUAUAUCAGUGGGUGAGACGGGGUGGGCAUCAAUGGGGGAAACCUACGAACAACCAAAGUGUUCUGUGGUCAAUGCAGCAUCGUAUAACCGAGCAUUGGUCAGGAAGUACGAGUCUGGAAGCGGGACGCCCUUAAUGCCUGGUAGGAAGUUCGAGACGUAUAUAUUCGCGUUAUUCAAUGAAAAUAAAAAACCAGGCUCUCUAGCUGAGAGGAACUUUGGGCUUUUCUAUCCAAAUUUCUCACCGGUGUAUGAUGCUGGCAUCAUGCGGGUAGCAGCUAAUCCCGUAAAGAGUGCUCCAAUCCCAACACUGCCGGUGGCACCAACAACUACAGGUGGUAAAAAGUGGUGCGUGCCAAAGUCAGACGCUAGCUAUGCUGCAUUGCAGGCGAACAUCGACUAUGUGUGCAGCCAAGGCAUAGACUGCAAGCCCAUUCAAGCAGGCGGUGCAUGCUUCACUCCUAGCACCGUGAGGUCUCACGCCUCAUUCGCCAUGAAUUCUUACUAUCAGACCAAAGGCCGCAGCGAUUUCAACUGUGACUUCUCUGGCACCGGUUUCCUCACCUCUAAUGACCCAAGUAUUGGCGGUUGUAAAUAUGUUUCUUGAGAAGAUGCUGCUUUUGUUGACAAAGAGUAUUUAUCCAAAAUUAAGUUCCUUUAGAUUGCCAUAUGGUAGUAUUGUACAGAAAAAGAAAGGGGGAAGAAAGUAAGGAGAUCAUUUUGUUAUCUUUUUUUAUUCUUAUCUUCUUUUUUUCUAUUGCAAAAAUACAACAAAUACUUAUAUCUA